UUUGUUUUGAUUCUAGUUACAACAAUGUUUAAGUUAGAGUCUUACAUCAGCCCCCUGUUAAUGGGUUAUGUUGACAAGUAUGUCAAACUUCGACCUGAAGAUUUUCAAUUGUCAUUAUGGGGUGGUGAUGUCGUUCUCAAUAAUCUUGAUCUUCGUUUGGAUGUCAUAGAAAAGGCUAUUCAUCUCCCUAUUGUCUUCAAAAGUGGCCAUAUUCAUGAGUUACGUAUCCAUGUGCCGUGGACAAAACUGGGAUCUGAACCUGUUGUGAUAACAAUAAACACAAUUGAAUGUAUUCUAAAAUUAAGAGAAAGUCCUUAUGAAGGUAGUAGCAAAGGACCAAAGUCUGACUUACGGAGGUCAAAAUCAAGGCCAUCAUUGAAACCAAGGAAACAGGGUGAAGAAGAUCUGCCACCAGGUUAUUUACAAAGUUUGAUGAAUAAAAUUGCCAACAAUGUUAGUAUCAUCAUCAAUAAUCUAAUUGUUAAGUUUGUUGAGGACGACAUUGUUUUAUCUUUAAACAUAAAAUCAGCGGAGGUAUAUAGUGCAGAUGAGAAGUGGGAUAGAGACUUUAUAGAGUUAUCUCCCCCUCAGUUAGUGUUAAGGAAGGCCAUCAACCUGUGUGAUCUGACAGUGUGCCUUGAUAAAUGUGAUCAGAGUGGUAAGAUAGAACAUUAUCAGGAUCCACUGAUCUACAGGUGCUCCGUCACAGGGAGGUUAUACGCCAAGUACGAUUCUGUUAAUGCCAAGCGGGCGAGCGUAACAAAGUUUGACCUGUUCUGUGAACAUUUAGACGUAUCAUUGACGGAUACACAACUUCCAAUGUUUGAGAGACUAAUAGAACUAUGUAUGGCAUUGUAUUAUGGUACAUUAGAUCCAGCCAAGAAAGACGAGGGACAUGAUAGUACUAGUACUGUUUAUGAAGAAGACAGCAGUAUAACUAUUGAAGAGGAAUCUGAUACUUCGUCUGAGUUAGAUCAACAGGGAUGGAGUCAGUGGAUGUGGUCUUAUGUACCUCAGAUCUUACCAGAGAAUGAGGAGGAGGGGGAGUCAGAUGAUACUACAGCAAGGAAAAAACCUCAGCCUCCCACUCUAUCUAUUGGGAUGUACGGACAUAAAAUAUCUGUUAUGUUUAAGUUGACUGAGAAACUGAGAGAAAAAGUGCAUUAUGGUCCCCAGAAGAUUGCGUUUCGCCCUUUUGUAUUACUGGAGGGAGAAGGUAUAGCUGUAGACAUACUAGUAAAAGGUCUGGCAUUCUUUGAUGCACAAGUUGGAAUAACACAUCUCAACAUGUUGUGUCAGGGGCAGUGUAUCUGUGGUAUAAAAGAUGAUGCAGAUACGAAGAGCUCUGUGAUGGUACAAGGUGGAAACAGUUUACAGGAUAAGACAGAGGCUAAUUACUAUUCAAAUUCUCUGUUUGAUAAAUCCUCACCAGCCAAUCAGAAUGAGCCAUUACAGUUAGCCCUGGAUAGUGAGACUCAUGCUGAGAUAUAUACAGAACAGUAUAGUCAGGUCAAGUUUGGGGCUUUCUUCUUUGACUAUCUAUAUGUAAUGGCCGACACAGAAGACAAAACUCAAGGAAAAGGAACCAGUGUUUCGUCUGUUUCAGACAUCACAGAAACUUUGUUCAUGAAAGAGACGUCACUGAUACGUUUUAUUAUUGGUCCGUGUCAGAUAAAUGCUUCCUCUUCAUCAGUACACAGGUUCAGGAAGAUACUGGCUUGUGCAUAUAAUUAUAAUUAUGAGCCUUACUACAAAGGCAAACCGGAGAAUGUUAAUGAAAGUCGACCACAUCCUACAGAGGAGCAGAUUAAGAUCUUAGAGGAAUUCAUUCCAACAAAAACAUUCCAUAUAAGUCUUCUACAACCAGUCCUUAAUGUAUACUAUGCUGAACAUCCAUCCUGUGAUAUACCCAAGAAAUCUUAUAAAACUGUUCACAAUCAAAAGGGAUCUAAGACAACAGAACAUGAAACAGUAGACAUCCUGCCAUGUGUCCACCUGACAACAGCCAGAUUAGAAUAUCAAGUGACAAGCUCAAUGUAUCCACGGAAACUGGUACAACUAAUCAGCAAGAUGGCAGCACCAUCUAGUAAUCUAUUACAUCACUGUCACGCACACACACAGAUAAAGUUAUUUGAUUUCUCUGCUGGUCUUGUAACCAAGGAUACUAAGGGAGAUAAAUCACAUGUUGUGACAGUUAUUCCCCCUUGUAGUGGAGCUCUGUAUACUAGAAAGCUUCAGCUAACAAUGUACUGGACAAAUAGCCACCUUCCUAAAGUAGAGAAGAUGUAUGAGCUCCCAGAAAUCUCAAUUAACUUAAACAAAGCCAACCUCCUAUUGAUACUAGAGAUCUACCAAUCAUGGACACAGAAUUCACCAAGGCCAACAGAUAUAAACACAAACAGUCUAAUGGAGGAUGUGUUCACUAUAGAUGACGACCAAGCAGUGUUACCAUUACUUGAGGUGAAUGUAAAUGGUUUUGAGAUGAAGCAGUGUGUCACAUCACUAGUAACAGCUUAUACAGGGACCCUCUCAUCGGUUCAAGUUAUUUUGUAUGAUAUACAGGCUGGUUCUAUAAUCCCUGUUGUUUGCUGUCCUGCCAAUACAAACAAGCUUACAUCUACAGAGUACUUUAGGAACCCCUCUCCUCUGACUGAAGAUAAGAAUGACUUCCUAACAUUCACUGUACAGCUUCCCCAUGAAAAGACAGUAUCUGAUGUGCCAAGCUUACUGUUACUAAAUACAGAAGGUGUUAUAUGUGCUAUAGAUCCAUCUUUGUCAGACUGGUUUGAGUAUAGACCAAAGAAGAAAGAAACAUCAACAGAGCACAAGAAAGAACCUGUACAGGUUGAUCAAGCUAUCGCCCAGGCAGCUUUUCCAUUACAACACAUGUCUCAAGCUUCCAGUACAGGAUCUGUAGCUUUAGAUACAACAUCCUUUACCAAAACUAAAACACAUUCCAGAAACAGAUCUACAUCUCAGAAACCCACCAAUAAGAAAUCAGAUACAAAGGUCAAAGAUCAGUGGGGUGAAAAACUGGCAGCCAAGUUUCCUUUACUGAGAAUGCUACAAGUACAUAUAGAGGUUAAAAGUUGUGCUAUAUUUAUCCACCAAUCACCUUUACAUCUGACAGAACCCAGUGUAGACAUUUCACAGAAUCUGAUGUCAGCCAUUACAUCUAAUACCUUACCUCCCACUUUAGUGGUCUGUCUACCACAGAUUCACAUCACUAGUUCUGGUAUGAAAUCUACGUCUUGUAUACAGGAGAUACCUGUUAACUCUAUGGAAGGAUCGUUAGUGGGAGAGAAGUUGCCAUGGAGAAUGGUUUUGAAUCAUUUUUGUGUCCACACCAUACUCUCUAAACAGACUGUAGUACCAAUCAUCAAACCUACCACUGUCAGCUGUACGAUUGGUGUCACCACAAAGUAUAACCCUCCCACAUCAGACAAUAUAUCAUCUCUAGGACUGUGUUUACAUACUGAUAUGCAUGCUGUUGUCAUGGCAAUAUCAAAAUCUCAGAUAGUUUUAUGUAGCAGUUUGUUAAACCAACUGACAGGACUAUUUGGUAUGGUAAUGUCCCUAAUCAAAUCACUACACAAAUCAGACCACACCAUUACACAUACAACAGACAAACCAGACUUAUCAGAAAUAGCCCUCCCUGAACCAACACCUGUAGGUCAGUCACGAGACUACACAGGGAUGACAGAAACAGAGACGUCAGAUGUCACAUCACGAGAACCUACACCUAACCUUGACCUUGAAAAGUCACCAGACAAGGUCAAACUGUCACUGUGGUUACAAUGGACACUUCCAAAGCUGGAGUUCAGAUUUUAUAGUGAGGCUAUCACUAAAGAAAGUAGUAGAGUGACCUUAACCUUAGAUGACUUGACCUUGUCAUUAGAUGUAGAACAAGUAUAUACCAAGGCCAAGGUUAAAUGUGGGUCAUGCAAUGCUCAUAUCUAUCAUAAAAGUAAUACAAGUAACCAAUGGCUUGAAGGUUCUUACCUAGGAAUACUGAUGACCUGCCAGAAGGAAAUACCACAUGACAUUCACAUAAUCUCUAACAAAAUGUGGUCAGCUGACCAACAUACUCUUUCUAACUUCCCUUCUAGAGAAGCCACAACAAGGGAUGUAACUCAUAGCUUUCUCAAUUUCACUUUCACAAGAGCACUGUGUAAAAAUGUGGCCAAGAAAAUGAGGAAGUUGAACGAUGACUUAGCGGACAUGGGAAGUAUCGGGGAUGGCUGUGAGUCACAUGACCUGUAUUUCCAUAAGUAUAUAUGUGAAGUGUGUUUAACUAUUGAACCAUUUGAUUUGAUAUUCCAAGCACCUGCUGUGAACACAAUUCUGGAUUGUUUUAAUCUUUCACAAGGGAAAUCAUCUAAAUCUAAAGGAAAGAAAUCAGAAUAUGUGUUAAAGUCUAAUACACCAAAGCAGUCAUUACCCAUCCUGACAGCUGGUAACUUACCGUUAAUCUACAUCAACAUGUCAAGUGUAAGACUACUCAUACCAAAAGUACAAAGUUCUAAUAAACAAGAGGCUGACAGCAGUCUAUCAGGGCCUGACUUACUAGACCAGGAUAUUUUGAUGGCAUGUUUCCAGUCCCUGUCUGUUGUACCUCAGGCUGAUAAUCCACUGCCCAGGCAUCCAACAGAUAAGGAGCUAUAUCAUAGAGCCCUCCACGCUAACCUGACACAUCAACCUGGGUCAGCCAUAGAGAAUAGACAAUAUCAGAUAGAUGUUAAAGGUAUCUCCAUGAGUACAGGAAGUUGGGAAGAUUUUGUGGACAGAGUGAAGCAUGAUGGGAGAUUAGUUAACCAGCCUGUUGUACAGAUACCUGCUUUAGAAUGGAACACUGCAGACAAACAUUUCAGGAAACCUAAGGAGGAUAUAGAGUUACUACCCUUGGUAACUGGUGUUGAUGUUAAGAUAGUAGCUGCUCCUGCCAUUGUAUACCAGACACCAGGUGUCACUGACUGCAAUGUUUCCAAGAUUUUAGUUUGUGGACAUGCUUUAGAAAUGAACUUCACCAAUGAACUUGACAUUUAUGUCAGUACAAACCAGGUCAAGUUAUUGUCAGAGAUAACUAUACAAACAAUGGCUAAACUGACAGAAACAAGAGAAGAUGAUCUUAUAGAAGAGACUGUUGACAGAGUUGAUUUAUCAGGAAGUGGAUCAGAAAUCCUUGUGGCGGACAGUGGAAUAGAAAGUGAUGUAUCCACUAUAAUAGGGAGAAAGGCCAAGGACAGAAAUCCUGAUGUCGUCAUGUCACCUCAGGAUUUAGACAUGAGGUCAAAGGUUAUCACACCUUUAGAUAUUCUUUUGACAGCCAGUAGAAUAUCAGUGAUAACAUACACACAUAAACACAACAAAGACCAGAGACAUAAAGUCAAGUUAGCUGAGACUCCAGAUCUAACGAGGUCAGCGUCAGGGAAGCAUACGUUUAUAAAACUAGAUGUGCCUAACCCUGAGGAUACGACACAACUGUCUGUUGAUCCAUUCCUAUAUGUUUAUAUAUCACAACCACAUACAGUAUUAUCAUGUCAUCAAAGUCAACAGAAGUUUGAGAUGUCCUGUUAUGAUGUUGUUGUCAAGGGGUCGUCUUUACAGUCAGCUCAUCUAGACAUGAAGACCAUACCAGAGACAACUGAUUUUAAUGUGUAUUGGUUUGAAACCAGACCUGGAAAACCUCAUCCAAAAACAGGAAUACCCCCAAGUCUAUAUACACUAAAAAUAGAGGACUUUCUCAUUGGUCCAGCAAUUAUACAUCUAAGAUUAGACAGGCCACUAAAGGUGAACUUCAGCCUGGAUAAGAUUGACCAUGUUAAACAUUUCAUCUCUGAGAUUGUCCCUCAGACUAAAUCCUCUGAGAGACCACCCAGAACUGAGAAGACAACAACAGAGCAUGCUCCUGAUCCAUUCCAAGCAAUAUUAUCAAAAGUGAGCAAGUUUGAUCUAUAUACAGAUCAGGUUAUUGUUGCUAUGGAGACAGGAGACAAGAAUCAUGGGAUAACAGGGAGUUUAGAUUGGUUGUCAUUAGAAACUAACUUUAAUCACAAUAAGAUAGGAAAAACUAUGGAAGUUUAUAUAAAUAUGCACCUUAAGAAUGCUACAGUGAAAACUUCAUUUGAGAAGCUAUCAAGGACAUUGAUCCAGCCGUUUGGUAUUACCAUAGAAACAGAUAUACAGCUUUACAGUGACAUUGAUCAAGAUGUCACAUCCCCUAGAUCUGUUGUUACCCUGACAACAGGACUGCUGUCUGUUUUGAUUGGACAAGAACAUAUCAUGUGCUUUGAUAAAAUUUUGAAAGAGCUUGCUGCACUUGUUCCUAAAAAAUCAAAGGGAGAUAAACCUGAUACAGGGGAAACAGAAAGUAAGAAGACUGGUACUAGAUCAUUUACUACAGAUGAAACUCAAGAUGAUCUAAGACAGGGCCAGUUCAAUUAUGUCAUUGACCAAGAUGAAAUCUCCAGUAAGUGUGAUCCAGGGGAGAUAAUCUUUUGUAACAGAGAUAAAGAUGGGAAUAGUCACAUGACCUGGUGUUACCAUCAACCUCGAGUUGUCUCCCUUGUCAAGUUUACACCAAUACCAUUCAAUGUUCCUGUGAAACAGAUGACAGAAGAGUAUGAUGAAGAACAGCUGAUACCAUGUUGUCUGCAGUAUUAUGAUCCAGCUACACACAACUUUGUUAACUACAUUGAUUUUGAGUUAUCUGAAAAUGAGGAAACAUCAUUACUGUUCCCAGAAAUCAAGGCUGAUAAUGCAAGGGACAUAACUGUGUCAUACCUCUGGAGGGUUGUGGUAUAUCAAGGAUUUAUAGAGAACUCUCAACAACAUAAGAAUGAUGAAGCUACUUUAGCCAUCUUACCGAUAUCUUUAGCUGCGGCCAUGAGAGUAGACUCUUGUUAUAUCUCCACGUUAGUUCCAGUCACACAGGUCUGUUUGUCCUGUCCUGUUAUAGAAGUCAGACUACAGAAUCAUCCUCAACACAUGGGACAAGAUGUACCGGGGAAGUUGAAGCCAUUUAUAUUUGAUGAUACAUCCAUUGUUGACGAAGAGUUUGCUGUUGUUACAAUGAAAAACCUGAUGAUAACAGGCCAUCAACUAGUAGGAGAUCUGGCUAGAAUAUGUAUACAGGUCAGCAGUAAUGUAGGUUUGAGUUUGGUAGAAAUGAAACAUUUAACAGUCCACCCGGUGAUACCUCUAACUGAUGUUUACUGUGACGUCAACUUUCUACAACAUCUAAAGCCACCAGCCUUAGAGAGUAACUUUAAUGUUGGACCAUUGUCACUAAGUGUAGGACAGGGGACUGUUCAUACCAUUCACUGUGCUGUCAACUCAUUUUCCCAGAUAACUAAGCCUAGUGAAGAUAGAAUGGUUUACAGCCAGUUUGUUAUUUGUAAUGAUACAAGUCACACGGUCAGGUUUGGUCAGGUUGGCACAGAAGAAAAUAUUCUGCUACAUUCCAGACAAAUGAACUGCUAUAGUUGGAGAUCUCAAAAAACUAAACAGGAGCUACACAUGUGUUUGGAUGGUAAGAUAUGGAAAUGGUGUGAAGCAUUUGACUUAGAUACCAUUGGUACAGUGGUCAGAGUUGUUAAAACUAUAGACAGACGAUAUACAGUUCUAAUUCAGAUAAAACAAAUCUCUAACUCACAGAAACAGAUUAUAAUAAAAGGACAGUUUUUAUUGGCCAACAGACUAUCAUGUGACCUAGAUAUAGAAAUGCACUCACCAUCAUUAGAGUCAGGAAAAGUUGCAGAUAUGUUGGCAGGGGCAACAGCUUCCCACACGUAUGUCCUUGAACUUGAUGAUAACAUUAUGAUGAAGGUCAGAAGGAAAGGGAAGACUUUAUCCUGGUCAAAGGACAUACUGAUCUCCAAAGAUAAAGUUCCCUCUAGUCAAAUGAUUUAUAUACCAUGUGUACAGGAGUCUUACAUUCAUGUGUGGUGUCAUGUAUAUGAACAGAUUACCAAAGGAGCAUCCAGACUACUGGUGAUGUUUUGUCCUCUGUAUGUCCUGAGAUCACACUUGCCCUGUUCUCUGUUUGUUUCCAUGGCGAUACCAAACCUUGGGAAGAGAAAGGAAGUGGAAAUGGCUGGCAAGGGGAGAUCACUAGAGCUAGAACUACUGGGUGAUGCUAAAUAUGAUCUGAGUUUUAAAUUGAGGUCAGAUACUGACAAAGUUGACCCUGCAUUGACCUUGACCCCUGAGCUUAUUAACCAGGUUGAGAGGAAAGAAACUAAAAAAUGUGAUUUUGAUAAGAUGUUGGCUGUGAUGAAUGACCAGUGGUCAGAUAAAUGGCCAUACACAGGAUACUCUAUUAGUGAUGAAAGUCAGUUACAGAAACAGCCAGCUAGUGAAUUAAGUGACCUUGACCUAUCAUUACCCAGUAUUGACCUGAGUUUGACCCUGACAGAAUUUUGGCCAGGAUGUAGUACUGUGCUCAUUGAUGUGUGUCCAUGGUGUUUAUUGACCAAUCACAGCACAUUAGAUCUAGUAUUUAUAGAUUCUAGUAAAGCAACAUGGCCACUUCCUCAAGGAAAGACAUUUAGUCCACCUAAACUUCAGUCAUCAUUUAGUAUUGGUAUAGUUAUAAAUGGUAAUCUCCAUCAAGGAGGUGAGAUAGGUUUAUCUGAGGAGGCUGUAGCAGACCAGCGUUAUAGACAGGACCUAGGUAAAACACUGUACAUAGAUGGGUAUGCUCAAACACAGAUAUUGGUGACAUCACAGCAAAAUACACAUGUAUACUUCCUCACUCUGCAGUCUAAGAUGGUGAAUGGUAUGAGAGUUGUUAAUGUCAGGGAGACAUACUGUAUUAGUAACCAUACCUCCAUUGAUCUGUUGCUGUCAAAUCACAGUCUACAGCCCUGUCCACAAAAGUUUUCUGUAAAAUGUUCUGAUGACAACAUCAGGUAUUUACAGUCAAAGUCUACUGAAACUACACCACUACCUUCCUGGGCAGGCUACACCAUGGAGGACACAUCAAACAUUGAUAUCAGCUUUAUAAACUAUGUUAUGAUUAGACAACAGACAACCAAUCAGAAUACUGCAUCUGCAGAUAGAUCUAACGCCAAUAAUGAUUGGUCAUUCCCAGUUAGACUUGUAGCCAAUGAAAAACCAGGCAGAGUUACAGUUUCUAUUCCAGUUCUGACAGAGACUGUGAUGUCACUUCCUCUAUGCAUUGUGGGUCAAACAAGGAAUGGUGUUAGUUAUUUUAUAGUGAAAGAAGACAAUUCCCCGUCAUGUUUACUGUAUAACUUUACCACUGUACCAAUAGUCUAUGGUUAUCAGAAUAUCUCCAUUUCUAGAGCAGGGUACACAACACAAGAGGAAGCUGAACUGACUGAUAUUUUACCCACAAUUCCUCCAAAUCAACAUGUGUUCUAUACACCUUCCUCUACAAACCGUCAAUUCCUAUUAUCCAUUGGUGACUCAGGUUUACCAAAGAUUCAUGUGGGUGUUCAGCAAGCUUUGGAAACUGAUGAAUCAAAUACAGAGAGUAAACACUCAAGUGACCAAGAUUCAGGAGUGUCAUGGAGUGACCCUCUAGAUGUUAAUGAAGAAAUGGAGAGAUUUAUCUCAAUCCCUAACAAUAUGAACUUGAAAAUCAAGGUCAUUAAGGUUUCCAUGGUGACUCAUGUUGUUAUAAAUGCAGCAAACAAAGCAGAAGUUUCUGCAAAGGAAAUAAGGAAUAAAAUUGGCAAGGUGACAACAAUGGAAAGUCAUCCCUCAUCAGACGACACCAAUCUCAGCAUCAGAGAAUAUGAUGUUAGUGUUCCUAAACAAGAUGUGUUCAUACAUUCCAAUUCUAUCACUAGAAACUUAGAACUGUAUAUUAGUUUACACUUUCAUCACUUUUGUCUUAUUCUACAAGAUGAAACAAGUUCAAACAAUGAAAUCACCGAGGUAAUCCGUGUGUCAUGUGACCAUCUAUUUUUAGCACAUUAUCCAUUGAUUGAAGGAUUUGAUGAUGAUAGUCCAAGUCAUGAUUGCUAUUCAAUAUCAGCAGAAAACCUUCAAGUAGACAAUCAGUUGUAUACUACCAAAGGGCUUUAUGACUUCCCUGUAAUAUUUGCACGUCAGGAACUUAAAUCUAAAGACAAGGAUUUCCUUGUAGAAUUCCACUCCAUGAACCUUUCAGAAAAGUUAGCUGUGAUAAAAUCCAGAAGUUUUGCUCACAUUCAAGUUGUCAUGGAAACUGAUUGUUUGAGUCACUCAUUAGUUAAAAGUGUUGAGAUUGCUAUGGAACCAGUCAUAGGCAAUGUAGAUGAUAGAUUUGUGUAUCGAAUGUUAGAGGAAGUCGAAAAACUUCUACCAAAUUCUCUUCAAGACAACAAGAAAGGUCUAAAAGAAAUAACCAGACUACCGCAAGCUUUAAAAGUGAUGUCACAUGGUCUAAGUUCACCAAUCAGAAUAGAGCAUUUAGUGAUACAUCCCUGUUCUUUAUUGAUAAGUGUCCAUGCCUCAUUGAAGGUAUUUAUAGCGUCUGACAAGACUCCGCUGUCGUUUGGGAAGUUUGAGAAAAAGAAUGUGAACUCUACAGCCCACCAGCUGACUCGCGUACUAGCCAUGCAUUAUGCUUCAGGAGCCUUGUUUAGAGCAGGUAUUGUCGUUGGAUCUUUGGAGAUAUUGGGGAACCCAACAGGUUUAGUCAGAUCUAUAGGCUCUGGUGUAGCAGACUUAGUACGAUUACCCUAUGGUGGCCUCACACAAGGACCAGGAGCAUUUGUAUCUGGGGUAUCAUCAGGGAUGUCGUCCUUUGUCAGGAAUAUUUCUUCAGGAAUGUUGACCUCUGUUACAAAUUUUGCCUCGAGUGUUUCCCGUAACAUGGAACGACUAUCAAUGGACGACACACAUAGAGAAAGACAGGAAGAGAGAAGGAGACAACAUCCAGAGGGGUUGACUAGUGGACUUAAAAAUGGUCUAACAGGAUUUGGAAUGAGUCUACUAGGUGCUGUUGCAGGUCUAGCUGAUCAGCCAUUACAAAAUCUGAUGUCACGAAGUGAGAGUGAAGGUCAAAGGUCAGCUGCCACAGAAUUAGUGUCCGGGGUUGGAAAAGGACUUGUGGGAGUGUUUACCAAGCCUAUUGGUGGAGCUGCAGAAUUCUUUUCACAGACAGGUCAAGGAUUAUUGUAUGGUACUGGAUUAUCUGGGAACAUCAUAAAACCCUGCUAUCCUUCUGACAACUUGGUUAUUAGUGAUAUGUGCAACAGUCGACUAAAAUAUGUUAGGAAACUACUACAGUGCCUUCCUAAGUGUCAACUACAGUCUUCUUUAUUGGCUAAUUAUCUGGAUGUCAUGGAUACAGAGGUCAAGGUUGAACUCCUGUUGACUAAUGAACUGAUGAUUAUGAUCAGUAUAGAUGACGACAGUCAGCAACAAGCAUUCUCAUUGGUGGAACUAGAGAUUAAAGUUGAGUCAGAUAACCCUCAACUGAUAACAUUUGUGUGGAGAGAUUCCUUCCAUCAAGAUGUGCCUCAGACUGAAAAAGAAAACAAAGACCGAGUAGCUGCCUUUAUUGACGGAACAUCGGAAUUUGUCAGACCAGAUAUUUCUCUCAAACUAAAUCUCAAUCCAGCCAAUGAAAUAUCAGAUUUCCCACAAGUGUCCCCAUCAGAAUCUGUAGAAUCGGGAGAAGACAGUCGACCUAUAUCACCAUCAUUGUCCAAUACAUGUAGACCUAGCUUGGCUCCAGAAUAUCAUUUUCUUAUAGACCCAUACUCUAAAGAUGUGUUUAUUGCAAUUUUCAAUGCUACUAAACUGAAAUUAUCCGGGAAAGGGUUUAUUUUGUAAAGUAAAAAAUGUUAAAAGACAAACUUAUUUGUACAAUUUUUUUUAUACAUAAGAGAUGCAUUGUGAUUUUAUAAGCUGAUCCAUUGAUGGGCUCUGUUUUGUUCAUAGUAAAUAUUCGAUUAAUUUUCAAAGUUUUGUGCAGAUAUUUUUUAAGCACCACAUGGCAAGAAUGGGGGAGACAAAAAUUUAUAUCAUAAUAUAACUGUUAAGAUAAUGUUUGUAUGUUUGUAUUUGUUUAUUAAUUAUGUUUAUUUAUUUAAUAAUUUUGCUAUAUGUUUUUGCUUUCUAUGCAGUAAUUAUAUAUUUUAUGUUAAUGUGAUUUUGAUGAGUUGAUUCUUUGGAAGAAACAUUCAUUGUUGGUUUGCAACAGUACAUUAUGUCCGAGUAAACCUGGACUCGGGCAGUGUCUAUUGUUUCGAGCCCAACAUAACAGUUUUUCAUUAAAUUUGGAGGGUGAAAAUGCUUAAUCUUUUGUAGAAUAACAUUGGGUUUUUGUUGUGUUUUUUUUUGGGGGGGGAGGGGGGUCACAUUGUUUAUCUUUUUUUGAACCAAUUGAUUUUGUUUGUUUCCUUUUGUAAUUUAUAAAUAACAAUGUGUAUGUUUGUGUUGAUAAGAGAACAAUGUAAAUAAUAAGUUAGGAGAGUAAUGGUUAACUUGGUACCAUGGCUACACUCUGUUUUAUCUUAAUUAAUUUAGUGA